AUGACACCAGAAAACCAAAUUACCCCCUUCAAUUUUACGACCCCGGAUCAUGAGACUAUUUACGCAUGGCACGUUAUGCCUCUAGGACUUUAUGCAAAGCAUGAGGCCGAAAUAUUGCGCCAGCCCUCAGGUUGUGCUGAAGAUAUUACGCAGACAAAGGCGUUUCGACUUUUACAAGAUGAUCCAGAAUCGAGACUGGUCAUCAACUUUCACGGUAACGCCGGUACGGUUGCCCAGGGCUGGCGAACUGACUCAUAUCGUGCACUGGCCGAUGGAAGCACUUCCAAUAUUCACAUUCUCGCCAUUGAUUAUCGUGGAUUCGGCCUCUCUACGGGUUUCCCAACCGAGGCUGGGCUGAUCAUCGACGGAAUUGCCGCCGUAGACUGGGCGAUUCAGGUGGCGAAAAUCCCACCAGGACGAAUUGUAAUACUCGGCCAAAGUCUUGGAACAGCAGUUACCGCAGCCGUUGUUGAGCACUAUGCCCAGGAAAGGGUCGAGCUUGCAGGCGUGGUUCUCGUUGCGGGUUUCACUACUCUGCCGGAACUACUUCCAGGUUAUUCAAUUGGCGGGUUGCUUCCGGUGCUGUCACCUCUAAAGGCGUACCCAACUCUCCUAAGGCUAUUCACCCGUCAUGUCGUGGAUCAAUGGCCAUCGACCACUCGAUUGGCGAACUUCGUCCGAGCCAGCAAGAAAAUACGACUCUUUAUCGUGCAUUCCAGGGAUGAUCACGAGAUCCCAUGGGGACAUGCGGAGAGGUUAUUUAUCACUGCAGCAAAUGCUACGACUGAGAGAGGCAUGGACCUUUCUCUAUUAAAGAAGAUGAAGGCACAAGCAACAGUCGACAUGGGUGACGGUGCAUUCGUAAGCACCUGGAAAGCUGACGAGAAUAAGAUCAUCCGAGAAGAGAUUGUUUCCUACGGACAUGUGCGUGUGAAGCUACACGGUGUCGUCUCCGAGAAUCACAAGGGUCGUGCAACCGAGACCAUGCCAACCCCACCAGCCCACUUCAAACACCACUUCGUCCCCUCAACGAACACCUGUCCAGCACAAAGUCAAAACAACACGAUGGCGGACGACUCUACGGCCGGCGGCUCUACAGCUAAGCAGAAAGCAGCAGAACAGGUUAUCGAAGAACCAAAUGCUCCAAAUUCGCAAAAUGCGCAGGUCGAUUCCGGAAAUGAGGACGAAGAAGACGCUCCUGCAGAUGGCACAGCAGCUUCCAGCUCCGCCGCAAAGAAAAAGAAAUCGAAGAGGAAGCGAAUAAAAUCUGCUCUGGCCGGCGGUGGCGGCUCCAGUGAAGCUUCCGGUAGCGCCCCGUCGAAGAGCGAUAUGUCGAAAGCGAUCAGCGGACUGAGCAAGGACCAGAUUGGGGAGAUACUCAAGAUGAACCCAAGUCUAGCACGAGAUUUAGGAGUGACAGGCGGCGAUGUUUCUGUUGCCCAGGCUGCCGAGAAACUCAAAAAAUUGAGUCUGGAGGAGAUAUUGUCGGGUCUGGCGUCGAGUGGGAAGAACGUUAAGGAUAUGGGAGAGUACAAGUUCUGGCAGACGCAACCGGUUCCGCGGCUUGGGGACAAGGAAAAGAUCGAGAAAGAGGGGCCUAUCAGGGAAGUCAACCUUGAUUUAGUUCGAAAGGAGCCGUAUCCCAUGGCAGAAGGGUUCGAAUGGGUGACCAUUGAUAUACAAAAUCCCGAAGAACUGAGGGAGGUAUUCGAGUUGUUACACGGACACUAUGUCGAAGACGAUGAAGCUAUGUUCCGAUUCAACUACUCUCCAUCAUUCCUCAAAUGGGCUCUCCUUUCUCCCGGUUGGCAGAAGGAAUGGCAUGUGGGCUUGCGAGCCACCCAAUCCCGAAAGCUCGUCGCCUUCAUCUCCGCGAUACCUGUUCAACUCCGGGUCCGGGAAAACGUCCUUAGCUCAUCAGAAGUCAACUUCAUGGUCGUUCACAAGAAGCUCCGAUCCAAACGGCUGACCCCUGUCCUCAUUAAGGAGAUAACUCGACGGUGUAACCUGAAUGGUGUUUAUCAGGCCAUCUACACCGCUGGUAUUGUAUUACCAAAGCCUUUUAGCACCUGCCGGUAUUUCCAUAGGUCUCUGGACUGGCAGAAACUCUACGAGGUUGGAUUUAGUCCAUGCCCCAAAAACAGCAAGCCUCAGUACCAGGUCCGGAAGUACCAGCUACCUGAGCACACAGCUACUAAGGGGCUGCGACCAAUGGAAUUAAAAGAUGUAGACGCCGUUCUUGACUUGCUACGCCGAUAUCUGGCAAGAUUUGACAUAGCCCCUGAAUUCACGAAGGAGGAGGUUGAACAUUGGUUGCUCCACCAAGAGAACAAGCUCGAAGAGCAAGACCCCUCAACAAAGAAAAUCCGCGACUUUUUCUCUUUCUACUGCCUUGAGUCCUCCGUCAUCAACCACCCACAACACAGCGUCGUCCGCGCAGCCUACCUCUUCUACUACGCUACCGAAACCGUCUUCUCCCCCGACUCCACCAAACAGGACCUCAAAACCCAUCUCAACGCUCUCGUUAAUGAUGCCUUGAUCAUCGCCAAACGAUUCAAGUUUGAUGUCUUCAAUGCUUUGACACUGCUGGACAAUACGCUCUUUUUAGAGCAGCAGAAGUUCGGGGCGGGCGAUGGGCAGCUGCAUUAUUACCUGUAUAAUUAUAAUGCGAAUCCCAUUGCUGGAGGCGUGGAUGCGCAUAAUAAUAUUGACGAGAAAGGGGGUAGUGGGGUUGGCGUUGUUAUGCUGUAG